GCCGAGGGUGAGAAGAGUGAGGAGAGAACUUUAAUCCAGGAUCAGGACAUUACUUCGGGACUAGUUCCAAAAACUGAACGGACAACGAACUAGGAGAGGAAUAGUGGACUCCACACGGGAUAGCAGCGCUGCGAAAAAGGUGUCACUGUUGUUCUAAAAAGAAACCUGUGCUAAGGAUACAACAGAAAAACAGCACCAUGAAUUCCCUUUACUACUACGGGGGACGUGGAGGAUACCCACUCCAGAAUAUGAACUCCUUGGCUGUAAUGUGCAACUUGCACCAGCAGAUGGCAGAGCAGUACCAGAUAAACCCGUCGGAAGGCCCGCCCUCAUCCAUUCACACCUUUUCCGUGGCAGAGAGAUUGGCAGAGUUGAUUCUGGAGGCGCGUUACGGGGACCAGCAGAAGCAGCGGCGCAGCAGGACAGCGUUCACUGGCCCUCAGCUCGCGGCUCUGGAGAAGGCCUUUCAGAAGACGCAGUAUCCCGACGUGGUGAUGAGAGAGAGGCUGGCUCUGUGCAUCAGCCUUCCAGAGGCUCGCAUCCAGGUCUGGUUCAAGAACAGGAGAGCCAAGUUCCGCAAAGGCCAGCGUGGUGUCGCCCCGAGAGAGAACGCAGCCGCAGCAGAGCGGGAGGGCGGAGCCACAGCAGAGAGGGAGGAGGCUGACGCGAAAACCACAGACGAGACUCCCCCAGAAUCGAGGGUGUGGGACCAUCCCAGCCUAGCACAGGGGGAGCGUGCCUCACACUCUGAGCUCUACACAGGACCGCAGCCCUCCACGGACAGACCCUCCUCUCCGUUUCUCCAUCACACCGCUGAUCACUUGAGCUUCCUGUCCACUGGUUUGCAUUUCCCACUCUCUUAUUGGCAGGGUUUCCAGCAGUCGCUCUGCCCGGUCUCGGCUGUCAAUGCCCGGGGAAAAGGGACCUCCUUGAGCCCCGGGACUGGAAGUACCACUCGGGACCAAACAUACCAGCACUUAGACCUCAAGGUGUACCAUGACAGCAGAGGGGCCAAGCUGUGGCCAAGUGAGCAAAAGGACUAUUGAUCAGAGGUGUGGUCUUUGUAAGAUACAAUGGAAAAGUGGGAAACAGUUAUUCCACCUCAGUGGAUUCGUACUGUAUAAAUGUAGGAAACCUGGUGCCUAAAACUAGUAAGGUAGUGGUUAGGGUCAAACAGGAAGUGGUAACGGUCAAACAGGAAGUGUUUGGGCAAAACAGUAAACAGUUAUAGUCAAACAGGAAGUGAAUGUGGUCAGAGACGUGUUUUUAACACACCUGUUUUUUUCUGCCCCCACUUGUUUUUGCCCUCCCCCCACCCCCACCAAUCUCUCAUUAUGAAUAAUCAACAGUAAAGCAACCAGUGUUGUUUCUCCACAGUUAAACAAAAGGAGUCAAACCGGCAAUUAUCUAAAAUAAAAAUGAUUUCUCAUUCCUCAAAGACGUUUUACAAAAUGCUACCGAAAUACAGCAUGCGGACUCAAAUUUCAUUUGAACACGUCCCUUAUCAAUGACAUUUCCAGGCUCAGGAACUUUUUCAGUUUUGUUAAUUAUAUUCUAUCAACAUGGGCUUAUAAGUUAAUAAGUCUCUUAAAUAUUACUACAGUGUGUAAGAACUAUUUAUUAAAAUGCAUGGCGCUAAAUCUUUAAGAUGACCCAUUGUUCUGACCUGCGUGGUUGUGGUUUCUCUAUUGUGGCCACCAGCUUACUUGAUUAAGAAGCAGUUGUUAUAAAUGUAGCUGACUCAAGCAGGACUGACCUCUUUGAGAAACAUGCAAAGUUCCCUUUCCUAGCCCUGUAUUAUUUACUUUUAUUCGAUAUGGUGAAAAAGGGAAUUAGGGUUACAGUCAGGAGGAUUUAUUGCUGUAAAUAACCGACUCUUGCAAUAUACUGUAAAUAUAU